AUGUCAUCGAGUAAUCGUAAAUUGGUUUACGUCCUCAAUCUGGAGGCCGAUUCUGACCGCCAGUCCGUACUCUACAGAUGUAAUAAUAAGGAUAGCGUUCAGUUCGCGUACGGCUCCUCUCUCUUUGGCCGACGCAUCGCUCUCUUCACCAAUUAUUGCCAAAAGAGUGUCCACUUUGAUCGAUACAAAUACCACGAACUCGUCUUCACCGGUCAGGUGUCGACAAUCACUUUCGAGACGAGCGGUUCCUUUCACUUCUACUACAAGGAGUUGUCCGCCGAUUCUGUUUGCGGACAGUUUUAUAUUGUGGUCAAUCCUCAGCUCAGAGUGGGAUCCGAUGCCACCGAAUCCCUAUUGGAUUUGAAUGCCAUUCAGUGUCAGACAGUCUUAGCCAAAAGUUUGGCCACAUUUGAGACAUGGAAAGGAAAACUGGAGGUCGCUCAGAAAACUGGAUAUAAUUUGAUUCAUUUCACUCCAAUCCAAGAACUCGGCGCUUCCAACUCGUCGUACUGUCUGUCGGAUCAGUUGAAAGUGAAUCCCAUAUUUAGUGCGCCGGACAAGGAGUGCACGUUUGAAGACAUCUCCCAACUCAUCGAAUGGAUGCGAAAAGAGUGGCAGAUAUUGUCGUUGACUGACAUUGUGCUCAACCAUACGGCCAAUGAGUCGCCGUGGCUUCAGACACAUCCCGAGUGCGCCUACAACUGUCUUAACAGUCCGUGGCUGCGAUCGGCCUAUUUGUUGGACAGAAUUCUUCAUCACUUGACGUGCGAUAUCAUCGCCGAUCGGUGGACAUCAAGAGGUCUGACCACUGCUGUCAACACAGAGGAUCACUUGAAUGCCAUUCGAAGUGUUCUUCACGAAGAAUAUUUACCAAUUUUAAAUAUUGCGGAACUCUAUUUGGUUGACAUCAACGCUAUUGUGAAGCAAUUUAAAGAGUUUCUUAAGAAAUAUUUGAGCAAUGAAAUUGAUUUUGACGGCAAUACUGAUCAAUGGGUUGAUUCGUCGGCCGAAAACAUUAGACAUAAGCUAACAAUUCUUAACGAGAAUAUUAAAAACGAGAUAAACCAUCACUUGUCGGCUGCCAUUGAGAAUGUGAUCAAAUCAGUGAGAUAUGAGCGAAUUGACGAGUGGGGGCCCAAACAGAAAGAGGUUUCCCUCAAACAUCCACUCGUUUGGCAAUAUUUCACACAUAAAGGGCCGGAUUUGGAUCUGAUUGCCGAACAAGAAUUGGCGUUCGAUGACAAUAGUUCACAGUUCUUGAUGGCUCACAACGGAUGGGUUAUGGGUGACGAUCCGCUCAGGAAUUUUGCUGAACGAGGUUGUAAUGUG